GAUGGUUUUAACUGCUGCACUUUAUUCUUCAGUCUGGACUUUGCUUCUGGUGUCGUUUCGUCGAGAAAAAUUCUCCUUCGAUUAUCUUGUGCCGAAUUAAAAAAAAAAAACAAUGUUUGCUAUUUUGAAACAUGCAAGCGGAACUUCUCCAAAUUCUUUCGCACUACUAGGUUUGCGGAGGAUGAAAUCCGAAAUGCAUUGCUCUCCCAAAUUGAUGGGAAUAAUUUCUGCACGCCGAAGUGAGCGGCUGGACGGAGCAACAGAGCCCAAAAGGCGGCUGUCCGGGAAAAGCUACAAUGUUCCGCCCAGCGCGGAGUUUGUGGCUAGAGUUUCGGGAAUUUCUACUAUGGGCAAGCUGCCUUUCAAAGAGUCAGCUGAAGGUCUGAACGCGGCUUUUAUCGGUGUACCCAUCGACACCGGCACUUCAAACCGUCCCGGGGCCAGGUUUGGUCCUCGGCACAUCAGGGCGGAAUCGGCCAUGCUGCGACUGUGCAACGGGAGCACCAGGGCUUCCCCUUACGAGUCGCUCGUGGUUGCCGACAUUGGCGACGUAAACGUCAACAUGUACGACUUAAAGGACACGUGCAAACGAAUCCGUGAAGCUUACAAAAAGAUUGUGGCUACUGGUUGCGUACCAUUAACCAUGGGUGGCGAUCACACCAUAUCGUACCCAAUUCUCCAAGCCAUUGCUGAGAAACAUGGCCCAGUUGGCCUCAUCCAUGUGGAUGCACAUGCAGACACUAAUGAUGUUGUCCUGGGCGAGAAGAUAGGGCAUGGGACACCAUUCCGUCGCUGUGUGGAGGAAGGGCUGCUGGACUGCAAACGGGUGGCCCAGAUCGGCCUUCGUGGGACAAGCUACUCACCAGAUGCUUACCAGUGGAGCAGAGAGCAGGGGUUUCGGGUGGUGCAGGUUGAAGAGUGCUGGUUCAAGUCCUUGACUCCCCUCAUGAUGGAAGUUCGGAAGCAGAUGGGUGAGGGGCCAGUGUACCUCAGCUUUGACAUUGACUCCUUAGACCCUGCCUUCGCACCUGGGACCGGCACGCCUGAGAUCGCUGGACUCACUCCCAUCCAGGCACUGGAGAUUAUAAGGGGUUGUCGUGGCUUGAAGCUGAUUGGCUGUGACUUGGUGGAAGUAUCUCCAGCUUAUGACACCACAGGCAACACAGCUCUGUUAGCUGCCAACCUGUUGUUUGAAAUGAUGUGCGUCCUUCCAAAGAUAAAAUAUUACUGAUGUCUCAUGCUUUCCCUCAGUGCAAAGAAAAUUAAAGUUAUAAGCACGCUAUUCAGAAGCUGUGUACUUAUCCGGAUCAAUUCCAAUUACCAUUAUUUCAUUGAAACCAUUUCCGCUGAUCAUCAAACUGUUCUGCAGUCCUGUUAAACGCCAUUUUCGGUUGCCAUUUGUUGAUGAAGACCCUUUAUGAAAAAAUCAUUCAGAUUUUGGAUAAAUGCAUUCAUUACUUGUUAUAAAUUCUUGCACCGCGAUAACUGGAACAUCUCCGAUGUAUUACAUAUUUAAUGUAUGAAUACAAAAACUUGGUGGCUGUCACAGCAAAUUGCUAUUGUGGAAACAAAGUGCAUUUUAUAUCAAGUGAAAUAUUGUCGCAAAAACCAUCAUUUUCCAGAAUUUUUAUUAUCCCUCACAUUAAAGCUAAUUCUAAAGAUCA